AUGCCCAAGAAACAGAUUUCUCCUGCUGAAAAUGGCCAGCAUCAAUCUAUGCACUUAAUUCAUCUCCACCAUGGCCAGCGGACUUUUUCUGCCUGGUGCAACAAAGAUCAGGAAAGCAUUAAACCUGGCUUCUUUGACAGACUUAUUAUAUUCAUGCAUGGGUUUCCUGAUAACCGAGACUCAUACCAUGCUGUGGUUCCUAUAGUCUUGCAGGACCUUGGGCCGAAAACACUAGCGGUCGUUCCUCUGCUAAGAGGAUACGAGGUUUCCUCCCAGGGCGGACCGAACAAUUACACCAUGGCAGAGCUUGCAGAUGACGUUCGCCUGUGGAUUAUUGAGCUUGUUCCGGACCAAUCUGUACCAGUCCAUUUGGUGGGACACGAUUGGGGCGCCGUAGUGGCUUUUAAAACCGCUUCCAAGUACCCAAAUCUCAUUACCCUGAUGGUGACGAUGGCCAUUCCAUACUUGUCCAACCUCCACUUGUGGCACUUUUUGUGGUAUGCACCAUCGCAGUUGUACUAUUCCAGUUACAUGCUUCGAAUGCAAUCCCCUCUCUUCUACAGACCAAAAUUCGGUAAUUUAGAAGAGCCUGGCUAUCUAGACCAACUUUGGGCAUGGUGGUCCCCAGGUUGGGACUUUUCCAAAGAAAUCGAGUCUGUGCGUACAACACUUGCUCUGGAAGGUGUGCUAGACCAUGCCACAGCUUACUAUAGAAAUGUGCUCACAUGGAAGAACCGUCACGAGAUGAGAUGGAAUGUGGAUUUUGAAAAAGUGCCAACGCUUAUUUUGGGAGGCGACAUUGACGGAUGCAUGGUUCCGGCAUUGUUUGAAUUGGAGUCUCGUCUUUUAGCUCCCAUCCCCAAAGUGAAGGUGCAAUUGCUUAGUGGGGUCGGCCAUUUUCUCCACCGUGAGGACCCAGAAAGAGUGGGCAGCUUGGUGUCGCUGUGGUUCAAAAAGUACUUGAACUGA